AUGUCAGUGCAUUCAGACCUACCUCUCGGCCAGGUCAUAUAUACAGCCGUUAAGCCGAUUUUCAAGAUCUAUCUUAUUAUGGCUGUCGGGUUCUACCUUGCAAGGAAGAACAUUUUAACCGUCGAUACGUCCAGAAACAUCUCUUCGAUAGCCCUCAAUGUGUUGAUUCCGAGCAUUUCUUUUCAGAAAAUCGUCACUAACAUCAACAACACAAUGAUCAAGGAAAUAGCAACAAUUGUCAUUGUAGGUUUCUUUAUGAUGUUCUCACAGGCCUUGAUUAUCUUUGGUGUUGGUGUAGCAGCUGGAUGUCCUCGGAAUUGGUGGGGCGGGUUGAUUCUCUGUGGACUACUUCCCAAUAUAUCUGAUUUGCCAAUUGCCUACUUGCAAACAAUGGAAACGGCUGGAAUUUUCGCAAAUGUCGAUCUAGGGGUCUCGUUUGUCAUGAUUUAUUUGUGCUUACAGAUGAUUAUACAGUUUCCGGCGGGUUCUUACAGAUUGGUGGAAUGGGAUUUCAAGACUGAGAGGCUAAUGCAACAGAAGUCGGAUAAGGAGAAGGGUGCCGAUGGUGCCAAUGAUAUUGGCGAUCUUGAACAGUGUGUAAACAUUGAUGGUGAUAGCGUUAACUACAACAUUGGCAAUAAUGAGAAUAACCAAAAUAAUGAUAAUGAUAAUGAUGAUAAUAAUGAUAAUCAUAACGUUAAUGACGCUGAUCAGGGUCACAAUACAUCUUCACAUAGUUCGUUAUCUAAGGAACUUCACCAAAUACCCGGCUCAAAUAACAUCCCAAAUGUAAUUGUGGGAGCUACCGAUAGCAGCACGAUGUUGUCGAGCAUAGAUUCAGAAUCUUUAAAUUCCAACGCUUCACGUUUAACUCCCAGAUCUUCCAACUUCCAUGAGUUGGCACAUCAGGCUUCCAUUGUUAGAAAAACUACCCAGAAUUCCGGAAAUGAUCUACGAAGGAACAUAAGUCAUAUCUCAAAUAUAUCCAUGCUUCAAAAUGAUAAAAUUGAUCAACCCCCAGAAGAUUUAAACGAUAUAGUGAGAGUAUAUUCGAAAUACAACAACUCUGCGGUAGCUCCUGAUGUUCCUACACCACAAACUAGCAAGACAAUUCAAUCAGAACUGAAAAAGAGCAUAAAUCUGAAGAAAAUUGGUAAAAACGAACAAAAAUUUCAGCAUAAGUUUAUUUCCUCUAUAAAGAAAAUCGACUGGAAAUCAACUAUAAAGGAGACUCUUCACAUUAUCUUAGACUCUUUGAAAAUGCCAGCAUCUUUUGUUUUGAUUAUAUCUAUCGUUAUAUGUAUGAUUCCAUGGGUGCAAGCAUUAUUUGUGAACUCGCCCCAAGUCAAACUACCACCAGCUCCUGAUAAACAACCACCUCUUUCCUUUAUUAUGGAUUUUGCUGGUUACAUAGCAAAUGCUCAAGUGCCAUUUGGUUUAUUAUUACUAGGGGGUACCAUUGGUAGAUUGAAAAUUGAGACAUUCCCAAAAAAAUAUUGGAAAGUUCCCGUAUCCAUCAUGUUCAUGAGGCUAUUUAUAUUCCCGGUUAUUGGUUGUGCCUUCAACUCAAAAAUUCAUAAGGACGGGUUAUUCUAUGGCCAAGAUAUUCUCUAUUUCUUGUCGAACAUCAACUUUUGUUUGCCUCCAGCAACUUCAUUAUUAUACCUAACUGCAUUUUAUACACCUAUUGAUGGCAAAUAUCACGUGCAGAUGGAUCUUCUAUCUCUGGUGUAUAUUUCUCACUACAUUUUCUUGGUAGUUUGUUUACCAUUCACAGCGACAUAUACAAUGAAAGUUUCUCUUGGUUACUAG